UUUUCCAGCCCCUUCUACACAAGGAAUGUGCUUGCGUUGCGCAGGAAACCGCUAGUUUCUCAAGACUUACAAAUGCGGUGUAAUCACAGCGUAUAAAAGUCACAUUUUAAGAGAAAGUCACAAUUUCUAAGAGAACCAGUGAUAUUAUUGGUGAUUAAACGUUUUCCAAUUGCCAGCUGGAAUAUUUUUUGUGGACUGGGAGGGUGUCGCUUGUCUGAGGACUUGAGUUUUAUGUUUCACUCAGCGACCGUUGACUUUUUGUCACACAGUUGUGUCUGUAUAAAAUCUAUUUUAUAAGUCGUUUUAUCGCCGAGAAAAGGGGAGAACGCUUUGAAGAUGUCGGUGGCGGGCUUGAAGAAGCAGUUUUAUAAAGCCAGCCAGAUGGUGAGUGAAAAGGUCGGCGGUGCUGAGGGAACAAAACUGGACGAGGAGUUUAAGGACCUAGAGAGGAAAGUAGAUGUGACAAAUAAAGCUGUGCUAGAAGUCAUCUCUAAAACAUCAGAGUACCUGCAACCAAAUCCAGCAUCACGUGCAAAGCUGUCUAUGUUGAACACUAUGUCUAAAAUCAGAGGGCAGGUGAAGAGUCCAGGUUAUCCACAGGCAGAAGGACUGCUGGGGGAAUGCAUGGGAAAAUAUGGCAGAGAACUCGGAGAGGAAACCAACUUUGGUGGUGCGCUGAUUGAUGUUGGUGAAAGUAUGAAGAGAUUGGCAGAGGUAAAGGAUUCCUUAGACAUUGAUGUGAAGCAGAACUUUAUAGAUCCUUUACAAGGCCUGAGUGACAAGGACCUGAGAGAGAUACAGCAUCACCUUAAAAAGCUUGAAGGACGCAGGCUGGAUUAUGACUACAAGAAGAAACGUCAAGGGAAGAUUCCAGAUGAAGAGGUCAGGCAGGCCCUGGAAAAAUUUCAUGAAUCCAAGGAGGUGGCUGAGAUCAGCAUGUACAACCUUCUGGAAACCGACCCCAUCGAUGGGUCAAGGCAGAUUGAGCAGGUGAGCCAGCUGUCGUCACUUGUUGAGUCACAGCUGCAGUACCACAAACAGGCUGUUCAGAUCCUGGAGGAACUCUCUGACAAACUUCAAGACAGGAUGAAAGACGCUCAGUCUCGUCCUCGUAAGGAAUACAUCCCCAAGCCCAAACCUGUCAUUGACUUUGGAGAGACCAAUGAGCAGUCGAACGGUGGUUUCACCCCGCCAUCUGCCCCACCUACACGGAGUGCAGCCCCAUACCAUCACUUUGGCAGAAUGACGUCGUGGAAACCCAGAUUGCCAGCGGAGCAGCCAUGCUGUAAAGCACUUUACGACUUUGAGCCAGAGAAUGAGGGCGAGUUGGGCUUCCACGAGGGCGACAUUAUCACUCUUACCAAUCAGAUCGACGAAAACUGGUAUGAAGGCAUGCUGCGCGGCCAAUCUGGAUUCUUCCCUCUCAACUACGUGGAGGUGGUCGUUCCUCUGUCACACUAAGAGGGAAGAGGAAAUAACUGGGAGGGCGAGAGAGAGAAAGAGAGAAAUAAAAGAAAGUAAACUGGAGGAAAGGGAGGUAGGGAGAAAUGAGCCAGUUGAAGUCAUCUUGGUCUUCAUCCUCACCUGUUUUCACAUCAUUGCCGUUGAUCCAAAUGUACCUGUACUUGGGCACUUUUACACAUCGGUUUAUUAUUAAAACGGGGAAUUUUGGGAAUUGACAACUUUUCACAUUCCAAGACUGAAAUGCAUUGAGAGAAUGACUGAGCUACAGACUUAAGCUAAAAUUUCAGACACACUAACACUAACAUCUCAUACUGUUUUGUAAUGCAUUAACCAAAUUAAGGUAUCCCUAUGGUCAAAUUCUAAGGUUUUUAAAGAGUAGAGAAACAAGUCUUCAUCCACUGUUGAAUUAUGAUAGGUUGCAUUAGGACUCGACCGGUCCCUUUACCGCCCCCUGCUGGUCAGGCUGCAACACAGAUCUGCCUCAGAUUCAUCUGAAAGCACUUUGCAUCUGUGACGAACACAUUUAACUCCGCACUGUGGGGCCAUGCGUGCAAUGUCCCAAUGUGCAUCAAUCCCGAGCCACCGACCUGUAAAGAGGAUCUAGUCAUUUUAUAUGCUCCGUAAUCUGUUUUUCUAUAUAUAUAUAUCAGCCUUUCCUCAUCUAAUAUUUUCAUGUUUAUAUUUUUUACAAGAGAUAAAUUGAAUUGCACCUUGGUCCUCAAGGCUUAUAAGGGAUAUGUUUUGUAAAAAUGCUGCACUACAGCCAUUUAUAAAGUCUGAAACAGUCAGUUUGUAAAUUCACUAAAGAGACAGAUCCACUAUUUAAAAAUUAUCUGUCAACUUUCUUUAUUUUCAGAAGGAAACAGCCAGCCAAAUAGUUAAAUGUAUGGAGUGUAAUGGGAGUCUUCUGCUUACUGAUCUUCUCUCUGUCCCCUCCUUUGAUGUUAGUUUACAAGUCUUUCCAUCUGAUGCUGCUGGCAGUGUCCUAUCAUUUCUGGUGUGCAUUUGGGCAUGUUUAAGGUGGGUUUUGGUUCAUAGGCCCCUUACUUGAAAAAAAUAAAAUUUGCACCAUUUUGAUAAGAUAAAGAAAGAAUUUAAGGGAUGGUGCUACAUCUCUUGCUCUCCAUAUUACCUGUAAUGUUUAGAGCUUUAGAAAUGUUAUGUUUUGGUCUAAGGAAAAUAAGAUUGAGUGUCUUGAAAGUACUGUAACCUCACACUCCAUCAAAACAUGAACCCAUACAACAUCUUUAUGCAUUUUAUAUAACACUAAAGUCCUGUCUGCACAGAACGGCUCUCAGUUGGAUAUGCAUGCUGUGUUUUUUCCUCCAAAUGUCUGUUUACAUGUUUUGUGCACAGCUCUUUUGCUUACCUACCAGCACAGACAGCUGUAGAUGUGCUGAAGCAGACAGGCCACCUCAAUGUGAUGUAAAUGUGAAAGAAACAGAAGGUAUUUACAGUUUUAGUGCCUUUUUGAUGGCAGGAACGGAUCUAGAAUACCAAACAAAUUAGUUAAACAAGAUAAUAUUUAGUUUCUGUUUGUUUGUCUGUCCGUUUUAUAUUUGUACGAAGGGCUUGUUGGUUUCAAUAUUUGGCAUGAGUUGUGAUGUACAAGCAUGUGUACAGAUGUGCCUUUGCGACACUACAAAAAAAGUUGAAAUGAAAACAAGUGGGUUUCGUCUAAUUCAACCAGAGCACCAGAGUAGUCUUUUGACAACAGAUCACUCCGGUUUGACUCUUUUAGUAUUAUAUUAUUUUUUAUAUGUAUACAAAACUAUUCAACCUUUUUUAAUUAAUGAGUUUUGCAUGUUAGCCUAAUAGCAUAGCAGGCUGAUAUAUGUCGUAGAUUUAAAGUCUCCUGUAUGUCUGGACGAUUUAACUGCAUUACGUUGUUAUUCUUAAAUAUCCCAAACCUUAAACGUUUGUAUUUUAUUGUGUCCGGUUGUCUUUAAGUAAAUAAAUGUAAGAAAAUGCA